AUGACGAUGGCAGUCGAUUUCUCGAAGUCACAGAAGGCGCCCAUGCUUCUCAUCGAUCUCUCGGAGGACUUCAUGUUCGCCUUACGGACGUUCUGCGGCACCUACGGCAACGAGACAAUGACCCAGCCUGCCCUCAAGAUGCUUCAGCCGAUACCACUCGUCCACUCUGCCCUAGCAGUCAAGGAGGCAGACAAGAUGUCUGCAGCACAGUGAAACCUGGCAGCGUCCAAGUGCAUGCAAGAGAUCACGGUUAGUGGUUUCAUCAAGCUCNGAGGCAGACAAGAUGUCUGCAGCACAGUGAAACCUGGCAGCGUCAAAGUGCAUGCAAGAGAUCGCGGUUCGUGGUUUCAUCAAGCUCAUCGAGUACGCCCUGAGCACCAUGGACGGGCCGCUGCAGAUGCCUCACAAGUGAAAGGACAUGGUGUACUACACGACCCUUGGUUCAGGUGUGUAUCUAAUGUGGCUACAUCAAUUCGUGACACGUACCGAAGACUUAUGUUGUGUUGUGCUGGUCGUGUGAUGGCACGCCCGACCAUCAUGUGGAUUGUAGCAAAUAGUUGCAACGGCUUUUUUAUUUUGAAUUUGAUGCAGACGUAUGCAUACUCACGAACACAGCAGUAGAGUAGGCAUGCCAUGCGAGUGAAAGGACGCACUUGCGGGCCUUUUCUGUCCACCGAAUGAGAAAUACAGGUGCUGUGGGAGAGGUCGAUUGGACCGGAGCUGGCAUCUUGGCAUGUACGACGCACAUAUAUUAUCUGAAGAGGAGUGUAGAUAAUUUUGAUCAAGCGGUUGCAGGUGCACCACGUGUGGUGUUCGUGAGUGGCAGUACCAGCGAUCCACCUGCCACCUGCUAUGUUGAGGAUUAUGGAUAGUUCUAGGCACCUUUUGCAACACGGGUUGGAGUCAGGGUUCGUUUUGCUGGCAACAGCAGUGGUGGUAUUCGCGAAAGUUUUGUUGGCAACAGCAGGAGUAUUCGCGAAACCAUUCACCUCCCUCCAACGGUGUCUCCAUGCAUGCAUGUGGUUUAUGGUUUGCGGCCGAUGCGUGUGAGAUGUCUGGGCGCUACUCUCUGAAAAAGGGGAAGUCUAAGCCAUGAGUUUCUGGGACGUCUGUGAUUUUUUUGUGGGUGGAGACGCAGACAGACACACACCGACACCACCCGCAGCAGCAGCAGCAGCAGCGGAAACAGCACUAUUACUCGACAACACCUCUGCUUGUAUAGACAUUCCAGCCCCGAACGAAUUCGCUGCCAUGCCUGAAUCAGAGGCAAGAGGGCACACGUUGACGACACGUUCACCACGAGACAAGGUGCUGCUCCGCCUCCAAAAAUGCACACAAAUAGCGGACUUCCUCUUGCUCCCACACGCGCUGUUGCCAUUUGAAAUGUAUCGCAGGCACCUCCGAGGCGAAGACCUUCAUGGAGAAACCGUCGACCGUCCUAACCAAGCUCAGGAGCUACAAGGCCGAGUACACGAAAGUGUGGCUCUGGCUUGACACGUAAGUUUUGCGGGCAAGUCGGAUUCUCAGCGCAGCGUAUUUCCCUCUCUCGUGGCGUCGCACACUCCGAAAACCGGGAGACGAAAGCAAUGCAACCCUAAUUUCGUGUGUGGAAAACAAAAUCGACGGUGCUUGACGUGAGGAUCUUGGUAAAAUCACGAGGGUUCUACAUGCCUGUGUUGGUCAAGCAUGUGUGUGCGUGCGUGUGUUUGUCGUUAAGUAGUCUACACAAAACGGGAGGAUGAAGACACACACACACUUUCAUUGGUCAGCCGGUUAGCGCGGUCGAUGCCAAAAAUUAAAAUACAAACACACACAUAGCGACAGAGACAUGGACAAGGGAGGAGGGAGACACACCACCGGGAGAGCGAGACGGGAGGGUGUGCCCGGUAUNCAGCCGGUUAGCGCGGUCGAUGCCAAAAAUUAAAAUACAAACACACACAUGGCGACAGACAUGGACAAGGGAGGAGGGAGACACACCACCGGGAGAGCGAGACGGGAGGGUGUGCCCGGUAUUACUGCUGUUGGCUAUCGGUGGAGUAAGCGAGAGAAGAGAGAAGCGUUUGGUUGUUGUGCGUCGUUCUUGUUGCGCGCUUUUUGCCAGCAGCGUUUUUUUUUUCGCAGGAAUCAGCGAGAGAGGCCCUUCUUGGAGGAGAGAGCCACACCAACACGCUACUAGACGCCACCAUUGAUUGUGCAUGCACUGCUGUGCACCUCUUUUACUUUUGUGCGAGGGCCUUCUGCUGUGGAGUGUCAUCUGUGCCUUCCCUGCUAGUCUGGUCACCUAUCAAACGCGUGCCUUUGAGUUGCCAAUUCAAAAACAGGAAAGAAACGUUUAGAUAAUGGGCACAUAUUGUUUUUCUGCUAGAUGAUUGCCACCCCCCCCAGGAUUCGAAACGCACCAGCGUACUGCAGGUAUAUAGCUUGUACUUCCCACCCUCUAGUUUUGCCCUGCGCAAAAUGAAUGACAUGACGUAGUUGGGCGUGCCUCGUCGUAAACAAAAAAUCACGAAGCCGGGACAGCGGCAACACUAAAGGUUGAAAUAUUGUUGCUACGCGUGGUGGAAAACACUGCUGUGAUAUAACUACGUAACCGCACGCCGCGAAUCCGUUUUGUUCCCUGUGCGUUUUUUUUUUUGUGUCAGGAACGACAAGAACACAUC